CGGGGCGGGACGGGACGCGCUGGGACCGGGCGCGGCGGGAGGGAGGCGGGGCAGGGGGCGGCCGAUAGUGCGGCCCGUCCCUUCACCUCCCCUGUGGGCGGGGCGGAGCCGGCAAGAUGGCGGCGGCGGCCUUGAGGGCGGCGAAGGGCUUGCGGUUGGUGGCGGGAGCGUCGAGCCUCGCUUUUACUCGUUCAGCAUUUGUUGCAAGAAAACCUAACUAUGCCCAACCAAACUGGUUUGGAGUUGGCUUGGCUUUUAGCACCAGUGCUGCCUUGUGGGCUCUUCUUUUCAAGCAGCAUAAUGAGGACAUAAUGGAAUAUGAAAGAAGAAAAAAAGAGAGACAACAUAAGUGUACAGAAUGUUCAUAG